AGAUUUUGAGCUUUUAACAGCAUCAUCAAAAGAAAAAACCACUUAAGAACCAACCCCGACCGGAAAUAUGGGAGCUAAAGUCCCAAGAAACUUCAGGCUGCUUGAGGAGUUGGAGAAGGGAGAGAAAGGACUUGGAGCUGAGGCAUGUUCCUAUGGACUCGCAGAAGGAGAUGACCUGUUGAUGUCAAACUGGAACGGCACCAUUCUCGGUCCCCCACAUAGCGUCCAUGAGAACCGAAUCUACUCCCUCAAGAUGCACUGCGGUGAUCAAUACCCCGACAAGCCGCCCACAAUUCAGUUCAUCAGUGAAGUCAACCUCCCUUGCGUCAGCCCGAGAAAUGGUGUUGUCGACCCUACCAAGCUACCCUGCCUUGCCAACUGGACUCGUGAUAUGACUAUGGAGACCGUGUUGAUUGAGCUUAGAAGAUUCAUGGCUCACCCAGCAAACAAGAAGCUCCCCCAGCCACCAGAAGGCUCCACCUACUCUUAGAUUUCUCGACUCGAAGUCGUCUCUACAGAUUCUUCCGAGUUGGUACUGAGCAUGGACAUUAGAGACGUUCAGACGAUGGCACUAUACACUAUAUCUGGGUCUAGGGAAAUGGGAAUAUGGACUGGGAAUCAUGGGAUACCAGAACAAGAAUGGAUGAGCUAAGACAAGAGCAGAGGAGCACGGCUGGGUUUCUUUAGGGAUUCGGAUGCAUCAGCGCGGCGAAUAGGUUCCUCUUGUCUUUAAAUGAGUGAUGCACAAACGAGAAUUCUAUGAUUACCCA